UGAACGUACGCUCAAGUAGUAAGCGAACAAUGAAAAUGGCCACACUGACUACGACCAAAUAGUUAUUUUCUGCCUAUUUUGUGUUCAUGCCCAGUAAACUCUCCCCACCGGUUUCCCCGUCCACGACAACAGUCUCUCGCGGUCGCACCAUCUCCAAACUCAUGCCGAAAACAGAGACGAGAGAAAAGACUGACAUGGCUCCCUCAGCAGUCAAGAAACCACAAAAUGAAACAGGCGACACUGUGGUGCGACAGCGUCGUAAGCAACAAGACUCGUCGCCGCCUGAUUCACCGCCUGAUUCACCGUCAUCCUCAACCCCCGCAUCACCAACAUCACUACCAAAAGUUCCGCUUCUACGUCGCAUGUCUUCCUCACUCCUCCAUCCCACCUCCCGCGAAAAGGGAAUUUUCCUCAUUGGACUCGCGAUUGUGAUUGCUGUGCUGCUAUUUUGGGUAUUGGACAAAGAGGAGGGUGGAGUUUAUAGGGUAGUAAGAGGGCGUGCAAGUGCUGUGGAGGUUAGAAGGUGGGAUUGCGAUGGGGACUCUUGCGAUAACUGAGGGUUUUGGUGAUAAGAUGGGUAGAUUAGUACACUGCCCUUGUUUGAUUUUUUUGAUAUGAAUGUUGAAUGAUAACACUGCCUGG